AUGGCCCCUGUCCACUGCCCUGUCCGAGCAGUAGCCCUCCUGGUUUCUCCGUUCGUCCAUCAGAUCGGAGAAGGCGGCAGGAAAAAGCUUUUGGUAACUCUUAUUCGACAUCCUUCCGAAUUAGUGAAUGGCCCUUCUGUUCAGCAACAAAACAAAUGCACAACGUUAGUGAAGAAUAAAACCGCAGCUGCAACUACUGCCUUGCAGCUGACAUACCCACUGUUUACUACAAAUGCUUGCUCGACUUCCGGAAACUCGAACCUCUCACAGGCACAGAGCUCGGGGAACUCCUGCUCUGCACUGGAAGCCCCCAAGCAUCAGGACAUUGGACUUCCUAGAGCGUUUUCUUUCUGUUACCAGCAGGAAAUUGAAUCCACUAAACAGACUUUAGGCGGUAGAAACAAACCUUUACCUGAGCAGGUUUGGAUUAAAGUAGGAGAAGAAGCGCUAUGUAAACAAGCAAUAAAUAAGAGGAAUCGAAGUAGAAUACAUCAGUUGGACACAAAUGUAGAACGAAGAGCCCUUGGAGAGAUUCAGAAUGUGGGCGAAGGCUCCACAGCCGCACAGGGCGCUUGGCAGUCAGCGGAGUCCUCACAGUCCAAUCUGGGGGACCAGACCCAGAGCGGGCCCCAGGGAGGAAGGUCUCAGCGUAGGGAGAGACAUAACCGAAUGGAGAGAGAUAGAAGGCGCAGAAUCCGUAUUUGCUGUGAUGAGUUGAAUCUGUUGGUCCCGUUCUGCAAUGCUGAGACAGACAAGGCCACGACUUUGCAGUGGACAACAGCCUUCUUGAAGUACAUUCAGGAGAGACACGGAGAUUCUCUCAAAAAGGAGUUCGAGAGUGUUUUCUGUGGGAAGACCGGCAGGCGGCUUAAGCUGACCAGAUCUGACGCGUUGGUGGCAUAUCCUGCGCAGGAGGGCCUGCAGGGCAGCCCGGCUGUGGAGAUCAAGUGA